UCAUCAGAUAUCCCCACUAUAGAAAAUGCCAAACAAGCUCUAAGAAAGCUUUCUGAAUCUGGAAUGAAAAAAAUUAACUUUGCCGGCGGUGAACCAUUUUUAUAUCCAAAAUAUCUUGCCGAUUUGAUGAACUUUUGUAAAAAUGAAUUAAAAUUGGAGUCAGUAUCUAUCGUUAGUAAUGGAAGUAAAAUCAAACGAACGUGGCUACAAAAAAAUCGUGAUAACUUGGAUAUAUUGGCAAUUUCUUGCGAUUCAUUUAAUGAGGAAACGAAUAUUAAAAUUGGUCGCGGAUUAGGACAACAUACCGAAAAUUUAUUUGAAAUUGCAAAAUGGUGCCAUCAAUUAGGAAUAAAAUUUAAAUUGAACACCGUAGUAAAUUCACUUAAUUGGGAUGAAGAUAUGAAUAAACAUAUUGAGAUUUUAGCUCCAUUUCGAUGGAAAUGUUUUCAAGUUUUGAUUUUAGAGAACGAGAAUGGUGGACUUGGAGGUACGUUAAGAGAUGCAAGAAGAUUUGAAAUUUCUAAAGAAAAGUUUGAAGCAUUCGUCAAAACGCAUGAAAAUCAGAAGUCAUUAGUUAAAGAGCCUAAUGAUGUAAUGAAGAAUUCGUACUUAAUACUGGAUGAGAAGUUGCGCUUCUUAAAUUGUACCGAUAGUAACAAAGUUCCGAGUGAAUCUUUAUUAGACGUUGAUGUUGACACGGCAUUACAGCAAGCUGGAUGGGAUGAGAGUGCUUUUCUUCAACGACAAGGAAUUUAUAAUUGGUCAAAAACUCCGACUAAUGGUUGUACCGAGGCGAAUGAUUUAAAAAAGUUUGAUUGGUAA